CUAUUAUUGUGUACAGGUUGCCCUGGACCUGGAAGUGCAGCAAAGUCCUAAUGAAGUUCAUACAUGCUGGAUUAAAUACCAUAGCUAUGAUUCUCGCAAUUGUUUCUAUGGUAGCCGUGUUUGAAUACCACAAUGCCAGUAACAUUCCUAACAUGUACAGUCUGCACAGCUGGAUCGGGCUGACUGCUGUUAUAUUUUAUUCUCUCCAGCUUUUUUUUGGUUUCGCUGUCUUUCUGCUCCCUUUUGCUCCAGCUUCUCUCCGAGCAGCAGUCAUGCCGAUACAUGUUUAUUCGGGUCUUACCAUCUUUGCAACCGUGAUUGCAACAGCUCUCAUGGGAAUCACAGAAAAGCUUAUAUUUUCCUUGCGCAGUAAUCCUGCAUACAGUGAAUCCCCACCAGAGGCAACUUUUGUCAAUUGUCUUGGUCUUUUGCUUGUCAUAUUUGGUAUAUUUAUUUUGUGGAUGGCAAGCAGGCCCUAUUGGAAGCGCCCCCCAGAAGAGAAUGCUAAAGCUCUGCUGCCCACUGGAGGGUCUCCCGAAGGCACAGAAGCAGAAUCUGCGAUGACAGACAGUGGCAAUGCAGAUAAAUCUGAUCUGAGGAUCAGUAGUGAAGCAGCCAGAAAACAAAACCUCAAACUUGAUGAAGCAGGCCAACGAUCAACUAUGUAA